CUGGGUUUUAGUUUGUUUGAGCGGCUGCGUCACUCUCUGCUCUGCUCAGAUCCAUUCCAACGAAAGGGAAAGAAAAAGAAGAACUGAAGGAGGAAGAAGGAAGAAGGAAGAAGGAGGCGACUCGACCCAACCAGUGGCAGCAACGGAUUUUCUUUGCUGGGCGGAGCAUAAAAGAAGCUUGUUGAUUUGGUUGAAAGUAAAAGCUACUGAUAAGGAAUGGCUGCAGCUUUAGCUUCAAAGUGUUCACGCGUGGGUCGCUCAAUGUUGGGGGGGCUUGGCAACAACUCGUCUGGCUUAUUGAGCACGUCACAUGAGAUGACAUGCAGCACUUUCUUGUCUCAGCAGCAAAGGACCUUCAUACAGAUGAGGACUAUUCUCAAAGUGGUGGACAACUCAGGGGCGAAAAAGGUGAUGUGCAUACAAGCUUUGAAGGCAAACAAGAAAGGGGCAAGAUUGGGAGACACAAUUGUUGCAUCAGUAAAGGAGGCACAUCCCAACGGGAAAGUGAAGAAAGGACAGGUUGUGUAUGGCGUGGUUGUUCGUGCUGCCAUGCAACGAGGUCGCUGUGAUGGGAGUGAGGUCAAGUUUGAUGACAAUGCUGUGGUGCUUGUUGACAAGCAAGGGCGGCAGCCGAUUGGGACUAGAGUAUUUGGACCCGUCCCGCAUGAGUUGAGGAAGAAAAAGCAUGUCAAGAUUCUUAGUUUGGCGGAGCAGAUUGCGUGAAGUGUCAAGCACACGACAAAAUACAGAUGGACAAUAAGAACAGAAUGCUUAUCUGAAGUGAUGAGGUGUUAAAAUUUUAGAAUAUCCAAGUGAUCGGAAUAAAGUUUGGUACUACGAUUAGGUUUCAAUAUUUUUGAAUAUUGGGCAUAUUGGCCAAAGAUUGAGUAAUUACAUCUUCUGCCCUAUUUCAAAAAUAGAAGAAAAAUGAUCUGUUCAUUGUAAUCGUUUUCAUUCCGAGUGAGAUUGAACCGAGCGCAUAAAGGUGGUUUUUUUAACCAUUCUUUUGCUCAAUUUUGUAA